GAUUGACACAGCUCAAAGUCACAUGACGUCUACAAGAUAACUUCACAACUUUUAUCAGUGUUGAAUUGAUUGUUUUGCAGAUAUCCUUCCACGUGCUUUAAGAUGAAAUUAACUCUCUCGCUGAUGUUCAUGGUUGUCUUCCAUGCAGUAGGCAGCUUAGGGCCUCUACAUGCGUCUUGCAAAAUACAUUGGUCUUGGGCAGUAAAAUGCAGUAUGGUUAAUGAUGCCAUUGUUAACCAGAUUCAGAAGUGGCAUUCAAAUGAAACCUGCCCAGGUGGUAAAGGGGAAAAGUGUCUUUAUACGCUAGAAAGUCAGACUGAUACUGAAAUCAAAGCAAUCCAUGAGACGCCCAAGAAGCACUACAAAGAUGACCUCACAUUUACUUUUACUGCAAAUGGAACUGAACUGUGCAGUGUAGAGGGCUAUUCUUCCUCUGAAACUUGGUAUGCUGUGUUGGACUAUGGUACAAACUACUGUAACCUUCACAACUUGAUCACCGGAGCUGGACUUGACAAAAUGCCAAAAUACUCAGAAGAAACCAGUGACUCCAUUUGCACCCAGUACAGCUCUGCUGAUUGUGAGAAAUACUGAAGAAGUAAAUGUUUCCUGAAAGAGCCACUUAGAAGGAUUUUUUAAACUAACUUUUAGCACUGAUUAAGUUCCUACUGGAACAAUUAAUGUAUGACAUCAAUAGAAAAUCCCUUAAUUUCAUGAAACUGAAAUACUUUUGAAGAAGUUGCUGUUGGCUUUCAGUUUUGCAUGGUUGAUUGUUAAGAUUCCCCACUCUUGGAAACUUCUACCUUUGCUCUUAACACAAUCAAAACAAGGAUAAAAUUUUCUCUGUCAAUUUUCAAACAAUAGAAAUCAGAUAUUAUUUGUGGCUCAGAGCCACAAGAAGGUCAGAAUGAAGCACUCAACUAAAUCUGUGAACCUCUAAAUCAAGGAAAAAGCAUAAAUUUUAUUACAGCAGUUUCACAUAGCUCUGAGGUAGAGGUAUUCAUAGUGUUUAAUACCACAUAUGGUACUGUUGCAGUUACUGUAGAAGUUUUUCCAAGCAAAGUUAAUAUCCUUAAAUAGCUCAAUGUAUGAUAAUUUUUGUCUCAAAAAAUUUAUAAAAUAAUGACAUGCCAGAAUAAUAAACAUAGAAAUUGAUCUAUAAUAUGCUUUUCCUAGAUGUAUUUUGCUGAUUUAUAAUAAAAUAAAGCACAUUAAACAGGCUGCCAGUAGAUAGAGUUGAUAAAGGUCUAGAUAAAAUGAA